GUGGUCGCCUGUCCUGCAGUUCACUGUUCACUAACAACAUGAAGCUUCUUACAUUCGUGGUAGCUCUUUGCCUAGCCAUGUGCGCAGUAAGCGCCGGCUACAUCAGCCGCGGCUGGUCGUCGCCCGUCGUGGUGGUCAGGAGGAGCUACGGCGGCGGCGGCUGGCGAAGCGGCGGUGGAUGGAGUGGCGGAUAUAGCGGAUUAUCCGGCGGCUACGGCGGAUGGUCAGGCGGAUACAGCGGCGGCCGCGGAUGGAGCGGAUCCGGACGCAGCAGUGGCUGGAGCGGCUACGGAGGUAGCGGUUGGAGCAGCGGUGGAUGGUGGUAGACUAUUCAACACAACACCGGGUGACCUUGGAUAUAAUUUUCAGACAGUACUAUCGUAAUUAAUUAAUCCAAUGGGGGAAAGUCGGGUAGCCCGUGACAUAAGGUGACAUAUUGAUUUCUAAUAAACUAAAAU